UUGUUUGGGAAAAGAAAUAAUAAACUCGGGAUAACAUAUAAAACUUCAAAUCAAGAGAUUCAAAAAAAAGUAGAAAAUGAAGUAAAUUCACAAAUAGAAACAGCAUAUCAAGUAUUUAAAACAAGGAUUGACAGGUUUGGGGUUGUUCAGCCAAAUAUUCAAAGAGUGCCGGGAACAGGGCGGAUACAGAUAGAAUUGCCAGGAGUAAAAGAAACCGAUAGGAUUAAAAAAAUGCUACAAACUUCUGCAAAAUUAGAGUUUUGGGAAGAUAUUAUAGAGCUUUAUGCUAUAAAAGGCACCCAAGACGGGAAACCACCUUUAGAAGGCUCAAUAACAGAGGCUGCCGUAAAUGUUGAUCCAAUAAAUCCUUCAAAGAUUAUGGUAGAUAUGCAGAUGGACCAGGAUGGGGCUAUUAAAUGGUCAUCAAUGACAAAGAAAAAUCAAAAAAAGCCUAUUGCUGUUGUUUUAGAUGAUUUAGUAAAUGAACCUAUUGAAAAUGGUCGUUCUCAGAUAUCGGGUAAUUUUACACAACAAGAAGCUGAGGAUUUAGUGGAUGUUUUAAAAUCUGGUAAACUUCCAGCCAGAGCUACUAUUGUUCAAGCUGAAGUUGUAGGACCAUCUCUGGGGAGUGAAAAUAUCCAAAAUGGAUUAAUAUCAGCAUUAGCAGCAUUAUUAGUUACCUUCCUUUGGCUUUAUAUUAACUAUGGUAGAAGCGAGUUUGGCUUUGUCUUAACCUUACCAGGUAUUGCAGGGAUGGUUUUAACGCUCGGUAUGUCCGUUGAUGCCAAUAUUAUUACAAAUGAAAGAAUUAAAGAAGAAUUAAGAAAAGGAAAAUCUGUACCGCAAGCAGUUUCUGAUGUUCAAUUUAGAAAAUGGCAAUUUGCCUUAGGAGGUAUAGCUGCUUUAUUUCAUGAUGUAAUUAUAGUUUUAGGUGUAUUUUCAUUGUUUGAUAAUAUAUUGCCUUUUUCAUUAGAAAUAGACCAAGGUUUUGUAGCUGCUAUAUUAACAGUUAUAGGAUAUUCAAUAAAUGACUCUGUAAUUGUUUUUGAUAGAAUUAGAGAGAAUUUAAAAACUCAUUUACAUAUGUCUCGAUUAGAGUUAUUUAAUACCUCAUUAAAUCAAGUAUUUGGAAGAACUAUGAAUACAUCUGUAUUAACAUUUAUGACAGUGUUAGUAAUGUUUAUUUUUGGAGGAGAAAUAAUCAGAGGUUUUAUGUUUGCAAUUUUGAUAGGUAUAGGUUUUGGUACAUACUCAUCAAUUUAUAUAGCCUCUUCUUUAACAUUUGAUUUGCUAAAAGAUAGUAAAGAUAAAACAGUAAAG